ACAAUGGCUUCCUGUCCUAUUGAUCGAAAACCUUUCCAGGCAGUGUUUAAAUUCAGUGCGUUGGGAAAUUACAUUAAGGCCUUCAUGCUGUCAUCCAGGCCAGUGCUGCCCAAUAGAAGUGUUCUACAAACCGCUAUGUAAUUUAAAAAUUUUAGUAGCCAUGUUGAAAGAAUGAAAAGAAACAGGUUCAAGUAAAAAGACAGUCAAGAAAAACAAACGGCAAGAAAAAUGAAAGCUAUUUUAAGAAACAGCUCUCCUGUCAUGAAAAUUCUAAAAGCUAUAUAAGGUUAGUGAUGAAAUUUGAAAGUGGAAUCCAAAUGAAUAGAACAAGAAGUUAGCUAGUAGAAUAGAAGUACUCUUUUUUUCUUAUGAAGUUGUUUACAUGUAUUUAAUUAUUUCUUUGAAAGCACACACUUGAUCAUUUAAGAAAGGAGAAUAUAAUUUGAACUCUAUCUUUGGUGAAAAGUUGAUUUUUAUUUUGUUUUCUUUGUUAAUUUGUUUAGACUGAUACUUUGGUAACGUACAAUAAAAAUGUUACCGCAGAAUAAAAGUUUUAUAACAGUUUCUGAACGCUUACUUAUUUUUUUACUUAUUAGAAACCAGUAACAGUUAAGGGAUAAGCAUGAGUCUUCACAUUUUGAGUAGCACUGCCCUAGUUAUUUGUGCACAAAAAGUAGAAAGUAACUAAUGAGCGCAGCAUUCUUCAUGAGAGAAUUGUAGUUGUAACUACUUUUUACCUCUCAUAUUUUACUUCUUUGUGUUGUAGUAGGCACUCCCUACCUAAAUAUAACAGAUGUUUAAAAAAUGUUUAAUAUGUUUAGAUUUGCAUCUUUAACUGCUGUUGUUAAAACCAUUGUCCUAUUUUAACAUAAUUGCCUUGAAAUACAGUACUUAGUACACAAACUCAAUAGGAAUUUAAAAUAUUUGUUGAACUGAAUUGAAUAUUAAUAGUGUACUGGAAAUUAAUUUAUUAAUGCUUAAAAUAAGUUUUUCUAAACAUUUAAAAUUUAAGCCUGAGCCUAUUUUGAUUUGAAAUCUAUUUAGAGCUGUCCAGAGUUGUAUUUUUAAGUCAGUAUAUUGUCAGCUUUAUAAUUAAAGCUUUGAUUCAUUAGUGCAUUUCAUCAGAAUACUAAUUUCUUGAGAAACUAAAUUUAUUUAGUUACUAAAACAGUUGACAGAAGUCCCUGAGAUUUAUUGUAUCCUACCACUAAUUCAUAACACUGUGGCUUCUUAGAUCUUAACUUUCGGGGAGUUAUAGACUCCUUUGAGGAUCUGAAGAAAGCUACAGACCCCUUCUGACAAAAAAAUAAGCAUAACAUAAAUGUAAAAUUGUGCAUGAUUUCAAGGGAUUCAUGGAAUGUCUUAUUCCCAAGAGCGCAUCUGUGAGCUCCAGAGUUAAUAAGAACUGGUUAGAAUAAAUUUUAAUAAAAUUUUCUUAUAACUAUUUUUGAGUUAUCUUUGGUUUUCUGUUUAUGUUUGCAUAGUAGAUACUAGAAGUCUUUUCCUAGGUAUCAUGAAGAAAACUCUUUGCUAGCUUCAUUCUUGUUAUCACUGGCUGUCAUGGAUAUGCAUUUUGUGCUCUUUCAGAACUACCAGUUCUGAAGUUCUUGCUGAGAGGCUGUAAGGCUCGUAUCUGUAUUUGAGUUUAGCACAGCUGAGUUAGUGCACACGUUUAACUGCUUUUUCUCAGAGAUUUGUGGUAGAGAGAUGGUGUGGGGAAACAGCUGAUGCAAAAUAAAAACUUGCUUUUGCCCACCAACUUAGACCUUUAAUGAUUUCCCCAAAGGUCAAAAAUUUUCUGUCAGCUAUUGCGUAUUUACUGUACAUUAUUUUUUGGAAUCAUUCAUUUUACCUCUCCCUUUUAAAGUAGUAAAACCCUUGCACGAUCCCUUUUUGAUACUUCUUACAUGUUCCAGGGAAGAUAUUUUGUUUCUUGGUAGUAAACUUCGAUUUCACGUUGCUGGAGUAGGGACUGGCAACUUGUGCUUUCUUUGCUACAGUUUCUUAAUAGCCCCUUAAGAGCAAGUAAUAUCUGCUCGCCUCUCUUCUACAUGGCUUGGUAGCCAGUCAGUCAUGGUCAACCAAUAAGAUAAUUGUUUAAAGACUAAGAUGCUACAACUCACUAUACAGUUAAAAUUUGUAGCUUGAGAUUCUAAUAUCUUGUAGGCGUCUCUGAGAAUGUUACUUAAAUCAUUUAUCACACUUUCGAGAUAGUUUAUUGCAUGAUAGAUUUUUUUUUGGAUAGGCAAUGAAUAGAAAAUAAAUAAAAUGACAGUUUUCUUUUCUUUCACGUUUUUUAAUUGAUGUUUACAGAAAAAAAGCUAUCAUAAGAGAAGAUCUAUUAAGUCCACAAUUUUAUGACUUGACGAUGAUACAUAGAAACUCUUCAUACAGUGAAACGCAGGAAAAGAAAAAUGCAACAAUAAAGAUAAAUAAGCCUCGAAGAUCCAACUGUACAAAUCAGUGCUUCAGACAUUUUUUCUCCAAUAUAUUUUCUUCUAGUAGUCACACUGGAGAAUCUUCUUAUAGAGUGUACUGUACAGAAUUUAUAGAAGUCAAUGAAAUCAGUACAGUGAUCAGACAGAAGAGACAGGAACUGGAAUUGUCAUGGUUUCGUGAUACAUUACCUGGAAUUGGAAGAAAUGGUUUUGUGCCCUGGAAUAUUGAAACCGAAGUUCUUCCACUCAUCUCUUCUGCAUUGCCAAGAACUAUUUUUCCAACAAGUACCAUAUCUUUAGAAAAUUUUGGUACUUCUUGCAUGGGAUAUGCAUUAGCACAUACUCAAGGAGAAGAGAAGAAGCAAACUUCUGGCACAUCAAAUACCAGAGGAUCAAGACGAAAACCUGCAGCAGCAACUCCUACAAGGAGAUCUACACGUAACACGAGAGCUGAAACAGUCAGUCAGUCUCAGAAGUCCCCAGUAUCAAAUAAUUCUGGGUGUGAUGCCCCAGAUAGCAAUAAUCCAUCUGUAAGUGUUUCCUCUUCAGCUGAGUCAGAAAAGCAAACAAGACAGGCUCCAAAACGGAAAUCUUUAAGAAGAGGGAGAAAACCACCUUUACUGAAAAAGAAGUUUCGUAGCUCUGUACCUCCCCCUGAAAAAUCAUCUUCCAGUGAUUCAGUAGAUGAAGAAACUGCAGAAUCUGACUUACCACCUGUGUUAGAGAAAGAGCACCAAUCAGACAUAGAAAGUAGUAACACUUGUACUGUGCAGACAAAUGCAGAAAACAAGUCUGCUAAUGGCUUAAUAAGUUGCAAUGAGCAUGUAGAAGCAAGGGAGGAACAUACUGAGAACCAUGAUACAAAGGAAACAGUGAAGCCUUCAUAUUCUGAGUGUUAUACCCAUAAUCCUCCUGUGCUAGUUGGAGAAAACCAAAAACCAAACCCAUUGCCAUCGAGUCGAGAGGAGGAAGAAGUUGAAAAGGUUGAGAAUACAGGUAUAGAGGAUAAUGUUUUGUGCAUAGAAAGUGACAUUUCUAAAAAUAUUUCUGAAAAAAGAGGUGAUCUGUUGGAAAAUCAAGACCAGAUAUCUGGAUCCUUGGAAUCAGAGGUAAAAACAGAUACAUGCACAGAUCAUCCUCCAGUUGAUUUCCUUAAAUGUUCAGGAUCUGAAAUUGAAGUUCACCAGCCUAUAUCUAGUCCUGUAGAUGAGUUACCCGAGAAUGCCGAGUCAGUGGUUAAUGAAGAAAAGAUUGUAGAGAGUUCCAUAAUAGAAAUUAUUGAUCAUAAAGAUUCUACAGUAAAAAUAGAACAGCCUUUAGAGAGUCCCAAGUUAGACUCUUCUGAGGGUCAGAAUAUACAAACAGUGGACAAAAAAUCUAUUGAGAGCUCAGAGGUUCAGUUGCCUCAGCAUGUUGAAACUGGAGAUGCAGAAAUAAUUGCAAAGUGUGAUAGUUCAAGGAAUGAAAAUUUCAGUAGUACUCAAGACUCUGAAAAUAAUUUAUUAAAAAAUGAUCUUGACAGUACGAAGUUAGACAAAUGUUUAGAAGAAAAGACUGAAUCUCUGGGUGAACAUCUCACAUCUAGAGAUUUGCCUAACACAUACACUGAAGACAUUCAGAAGCAUUUUAGUGAGGACAAUAAUGAGAUGAUACCUAUGGAGUGUGAUUCAUUUUGUAGUGACCAGAAUGAAUCUGAAAUUGAACCGUCUGUAAAUGCUGAUUCAAAGCAAUUGAAUGAAAAUUCUGGGGAGCAUAGUUCUGAAAAUAUUAUGCUGCCUUCUGAUCCUGCAGUUGAAAAGGUUGAAACUGUAUCUCAGCCAUCUGAAAGCCCAAUAGAUACAGUAGAUAAAGCUAAAAAGCCUCGUACUCGAAGGUCUAGAUUUCAUUCCCCAUCUACUACUUGGUCUCCCAACAGAGACACUGCACGAGAAAAGAAGCGGUCUCAGUCUCCAUCUCCUAAAAAAGAAACGGGAAAAGACAACAGGAAGUCUCGAUCACCAUCUCCUAAGAAAGAAUCUGCAAGGGGACGAAGGAAAUCUCGUUCUCAGUCCCCUAAAAAGGAUUAUGCAAGAGAAAGGAGGCGAUCUCAGUCUCGGUCUCCAAAAAGAGAUAGUUCUAGGGAAGGCAAAAGAUCCGAGUCACUCUCCCCAAGAAGAGACACGUCUCGAGAGAACAGAAGAUCUCAGUCAAGAGUAAAAGAUUCCUCUCCAAGAGAAAAAUCCAGGUCCCGGAGCAGAGAGAGAGAGAGUGAUAGAGAUGGGCAGAGGAGAGAUCGAGAUAGAGAAAGGAGAACCAGAAGGUGGUCUAGGUCCAGAUCUCGUUCUAGGUCACCAUCAAGAUCUAGAACAAAAAGCAAGAGUUCAUCGUUUGGUAGAAAUGAUAGAGACAGUUACUCUCCUCGGUGGAAGGAAAGAUGGACAAAUGAUGGUUGGAGAUGUCCACGAGGAAAUGAUCGGUACAGGAAGAGUGAUCCAGAGAAACAGAAUGAAAAUACAAGAAAAGAGAAAAAUGACACCAAUCCAGAAGCUGAUGAUCCAAAUCCUGACAAAUGCAGAAAUGACUGUCCCAGUUGGGUUACAGAAAAAAUAAAUUCAGGGCCUGAUCCAAGGACCAGAAAUCCAGAAAAGUUAAAAGAUACUCACUGGGAAGAAAACAGAAAUGAAAAUUCAGGGAAUUCUUGGAAUAAAAACUUUGGUUCAGGUUGGAUGUCUAAUCGCGGCAGAGGUAACCGUGGUAGAGGCACUUACAGAGGUGGUUUUGCCUACACAGAUCAGAAUGAAAAUCGGUGGCAAAACCGAAAACCCCUUUCAGGGAAUUCAAAUAGUUCAGGGAAUGAGUCCUUCAAGUUUGUGGAACAGCAACCCUAUAAACGGAAAAGUGAGCAAGAAUUCCCAUUUGAUACACCGGCAGAUAGAUCAGGGUGGACAUCUGCAUCUAGUUGGGCCGUCAGAAAGACUCUCCCAGCAGAUGUGCAAAACUAUUAUUCACGAAGAGGGAGGAAUUCCUCAGGUCCACAGUCUGGAUGGAUGAGACAAGAAGAGGAAACAGCUGAACAGGAUUCUAACCUAAAAGACCAAACAAACCAACAAGGUGAUGGUUCUCAGCUACCUAUUAAUAUGAUGCAGCCACAAGUGAAUGUAAUGCAGCAACAAAUGAAUGCACAGCACCAGCCUAUGAAUAUCUUCCCAUAUCCAGUGGGUGUUCAUGCUCCUUUGAUGAACAUCCAACACAAUCCAUUUAACGUUCACCCUCAGCUACCCCUGCAUCUCCAUACAGGAGUGCCUAUCAUGCAGGUAGCUGCUCCUACCAGUGUAUCUCAGGGACUACCACCACCACCACCCCCUCCCCCACCAUCCCAACAAGUCAGCUACAUUGCUUCACAACCAGAUGGAAAGCAAUUGCAGGGUAUUCCUAGUGCUUCUCAUGUAAGUAAUAACAUGAGUACACCAGUGUUGCCUGCUCCGACAGCAGCCCCAGGAAACGUGGGAACAGUUCAGGGACCAAGUUCUGGUAAUACUUCGUCAUCAAGUCACAGCAAAGCCUCUAAUGCUGCUGUAAAAUUGGCAGAAAGCAAAGUAAGUGUUACAGUGGAAGCCAGCGCAGAUAGCUCGAAGACAGACAAGAAAUUGCAGAUUCAAGAAAAAGCAGCCCAGGAGGUAAAAUUGGCCAUUAAACCAUUUUACCAAAAUAAAGAUAUCACCAAGGAAGAAUAUAAAGAGAUUGUACGGAAAGCAGUAGAUAAAGUUUGUCAUAGUAAGAGUGGAGAAGUAAAUUCUACUAAAGUGGCAAAUCUGGUUAAAGCCUAUGUAGACAAAUACAAAUACUCACGGAAAGGGAGCCAAAAGAAAAGUCUGGAGGAACCUGUGUCUGCUGAAAAAAACAUAGGCUGAAAUGAGGAGUGCUGUAAAGGACGCUAUCAGGAUAUCUGCAAAGUGCAAUUUCAACAUGUACUGAAAAUCGUACUCAACUACUCAACUGUGAUUGAAAUUUGGUUUUGAUAAAAUUAUUUUUUUUAAUGUAGGAUAUAAUGUUUUGUUCUAAAUAAAUAUAGUUCUGUACCACAACUUCUAUAUCCUUUUUUUCCCCAGAUAAAUGCAAGGGAAAGUAAAGGUUUAAAGGAAUGUGCAUUUUUACUAUGACUGUGUUAUAGUGUGGAUACUGGAAGAUGUAUAGCUUUUUGAUUUGAAAAAUGAAGUGCAUAAACGAGAAACUUUCUAAGUGCACUGGUUUUGGAAGAUAUAUAUAUAUAUAAAAACAUUUAUUCUGUCAGGCUAAGAAAGUAUAAUCUUUAUGGUUUUUCCCUUUAAUUAUAGAAAGUUAAAUAAUGUAUUACCAUGAAAAAUAUUUCUAAUAUUAACAAAACAUACCAGUUGCAGGGUUCUUAAUGUGUAUUUUUAAAGAAGCACACAUCUGAGUAAAUUGCUUAGACAGAAAACAUUAAUCACGUGAGUAAAAUUUAGUGUUAAAAACUUUGGGGCACUCUUCACUUACUGUAUCACCAAAUAAAGGUCAUGCUGCUUGUUUUUCUUUUGUGCCUUUUUUUCCCCCAAUUGAGAUGAAGCAAUUUGAUUUGCUAGAUUACAAUUUUAGCAGUCUAAAAUUUUUGUUGAAUUUAAAAGACUUGUUUGGAAAAAGUGUUGACUUUGUAAAAAUUGUUGUUUUAUAAUAUCUUCUACCUAUCAGAGAUAAUAAAUUGUGCCAAAUGGAGAAUUGCUGUUAAGUUGGAGAUCCUCCCUUCCUUGGGAGUAAGGUAGAAAUAUGAGACUCACUGCACUGGCCUUCAUGGUGUUCCUCAUCUAUCUCAUCAUGAAUGAAAAUUUUUUCACACUUCAAAAAUCUACAAAUGCUUUACAAUGAAUAAAGCGUUGAUUUGGUGACCAUAUAGUUAGCAGCCAUUAACCGUGUUGGAAAAUUCUAGACAUUAAAACCUGUGUUUUGGAAAAGGAGAGGAAUUAAAUAAUGGAGUCUUGCUUAGGCUUUCAGGGACUAGGUAUUUCGUUAUUUUUUUAAGUGCUUGAAUAUGCUAAUUUUUAUAGAAGGUAAGUUAAAAAGUCUUAUAGAGAUAUUUUAAUUGACAUCUUGAAGAAAAAAUGGUUCUCUCUAUGACGAAAUGUCUUUCAUUCCAGUGUAACAAUAUUGAAUAGAAACCAAAUAACUGGAGAGCUAUUCCGAUCAGGUGUUAAUGGCUCAAAUAUAGAUAAUAAGCCUUAGUGAGAUAGACUGAACCUUUACUAGAGAAACUAGUGAAAGCAAUACUCUGUAGGACUGUCCUUUUCUGAAGCAAAGAUUAAUCUGUUUCUCAAUGUCAUGUGCAUAAUACUUCCCUGGUGCUGGGUUUAAUAGGCAAAAUAUUUUGAAAUGUUGGCCCCAAUAAUGAUUGUUGUUGUUCAUAAUCUUUGUUAGGUCAUGUGUAUAAUCCUUAAAAUUAUUAGAAAUAUUUCCAAGCAGUUUCUGAUCAUCAUUCUACAUUUCUGGGCAAUUGUAAUGUGGUAUUCUACUGAUUUAUAUAAUUUUUUAUUAAAGUUUGUGUUUAGAUUAUGAUGGGUAAAGUUUGGAAGUACAUUUCUUCUAAUAAAAUAUUGAAACAGUGUUUUAGAUAUCAAACCACACCACCUCAGUUGUUUCAGUUUUGAACUCUAGAAACAAUUGUGUGAACUUUGAAUCUAUUCUGAGUUAAGGCUUAUUCACACUUUGAAAACUUUGUAGGGAAUUGCUGUGCCUAAACUGAUUAAUCCCACAAUGCAUAGUUUUCCUGUUUUCUUUCAGUAACAUAUGGGAGUUGGGUAACAUUUUAAAAUUUGCUUUAUACUGUUUAGCUUUUGCAAACAAGUUUAAAAUUGUUAAGAAAAACUAGGUGGUGUGGUCAAGAAUUAAAGUCUCAUAUUUUUGGUAGCAGUCCGGUGAAUUAUUUGCAUCUUUAUUGAAAAUAACAAGCCUGUGUCCCAUAUCUGGUGGGGACAUUGGUUAGACUGCAUUUAAAAUAGCUAGUGAAGAAUGUUACUGGAUUAGAAUUCAAACAAUAAGCUUUUUUAAACUUGGGAAUAUUUAAGAAUGUAUCUUUCAAAAUGCAUGUUUUAUGUUAAAAUACAUUGCUUUAAUAUUCCCUGUCCUUUUUAUUUUUCAAAAAAAAUUCACAUUAAUUUUUGCAUGUGUACAGACUUAAAAACAUUUUGUGGGGUUACAGAUUACUCUUGUUCUCUAUGAAGAGUCAGUAUUAACCUUUGAAACUUUGGUCCCUUUAACCUACCAGUCACAUUGACUAGUGUCUUCAGCUAUAGACAUGCCUAGAAUUUUGAGACUAAAAGUAGUUACUCAUUAUAUUGACACCCCAAAAGUUUUGUGAUUUUUCUUCCUGAUAAUUAUCACAUUUUCUCCAUUGUAUUCCUUUAAAUGGCCCCAGUGUGUACUGCUUGAAUGUUCCAUCCCAGAGAUGGAGCUUCAGAAGCACAGUGGUUGCCCCAGGGUCCAUGAGACAUUGUUUGUAGAUUGAGGAUGGAGUGCUGUCUACUGAACCAAUACUCAGACAUGUAGUGUAUAAUAUUUUCUAAUAAAUUCUUUUGAUAAAGUAGUGUCUCUAACAUCUUAUUAUUAAGAUUCCUGAGAAAAAUGGUGGCUUUUACAAACGUGGAAGUAUUUCUUGCUUUUAUACCAAAGCAUCAUGUCCAAGCUCUAAUUCUAAUUGCACAAUAAUUGUAGGACAUUAGAAAAACUUUAGAAAGUAAGUUUGUAAAGAGGAAGGAAACUGAAAAAGGGAGAAAAAUUAUUCUACCAUUCAAAGGUAGUAACUUUGAACACUAAUCAAUCAAACUAUUUCAUAGCCUAGCUUUUUCAUUUAGUGAUUUAUUGAGAAUUUCCAUCUUAAUAAAAAUUGAUUUUUAAUAGCUAUAUAUAUAUCCUAUUACACAGAUGUGCCAUUACUUAAAAUAAAUCUCUGCUAUUGGAUAUUAAGUUGUUUCCACAUUUUACUGAUGUAGGUAAGACUGAUGUAAACAUCUUUAUACCUGUAUCUUUGUACCCAUUUCAGAUUUUUUUCUCAGGAUUAAUUCCUAGAAGUAGAACUUCCUGGUCCAUCAGUUUUUAUUGCCCUACAAAAUUGUUUUAAUAUAUACACAUGGUUGAUGUAUAAUUUUUCAAAUUAAUCAUUUUAAUAUAAAACUCAUUUUCCUAAGCUGAUUUUUCUAUCCAGACAAAAACCACUAGGAAUGCUGGUUGUUGCAUACCUUUCCACACUGAUUAUUUUUCCCCAGCACAUUCCAUAGAUGCAAACAUCUGCAGCCCUACCUCCUUUAAUAAUUGACAAUAUAUUCCAGUGUCAACACAUAUGAAUGUGCCCUGUCCUUCAUAAUGGCUACAUUCGGUGCUUCUGUUCAUGGACACAAGUUAUGUGCAGGUAUUGGCUAUUAGAAACAUUGCUUUAAUGAACACCCUUCGUGACUAAGACUAAGACUAUUUUUGUAUACAGGCAGUCUCCAGGUUAUGAACAUCUGACUUAGGACAACUCGUACUUAAGAACGGACUACUAUAAAGGCUAUAACAUUAAAAAUUUGAGUUAAGACUGUGUAAAAAUGAACGCAUGCACUUGUUUGUGACACUCAUGAAAACAUUGCACGGUUUGGAAGUGUUCAAGUGUUUUAUAUGCAUAGAAAGGUAAAAUAUAUACUAAGACAUUUGAUGCUGAAUAAGAAACAUGCAUCUGUUCAGACUUACCUAUAAAUUCGACUGUAAGACAGACUUAGGAGUGGAUCUCGUUUGUAACCCAUUGAAUUUCAUGAUAGGUACAUUUUAAUUUUGAUAACUGCCAAAUGGCUCUCCAAAAGGAGUAUGUUAAUUUAUAUUCCUACCACAAUACCUGAGCUUAUAGUCCACCUUUAAUUCAUUCUUAAAUAUUGUGACUAAGCACAUAAGAUUAAUUUUGUGACUCAUAAGGGGGUCCCUGGGUGGUGCAAACGGUUAAUGCACUUGGCUUCUAACAGAAAUGUUGGAGGUUCGAGUUCACCCAGAGGCACUUGAGAAAAAAGGUCUGGUGAUCUACUUCCGAAAAAAUCAGCCAUUGAAAACUCUAUGGAGCACAGUUCUGCUCUGACACACAUGGGGUUGCCAUGAGUUGGAAUCAACUUGAAGGCAACUGGUACUGUUGGUAAGGUUUUAUGAACAUACAGUUGUUCAUCAAACAAUGUGUACUUAACUGUGUGUCAGGCAUUCAUAGCUCACAUAUAUUGUCAGGUUUAAUCUGAACACAGUCGUCUAAAAGACUAGUACAGUAACAAGUAGCACAUUUAUUAAGCUUUAAUAUGUGCCAGGCACUCUGCAAAACGUAUUACUGCAUUUAAUCUGUAAAACCAAUUCUGUUAUCCUUGUUCUGAUGAAAAAUUGAGACAUAUAAAGGGUUAACUGAGCUGUCCAAAUUAUACAGCUACUUAGUGAUGGAUCCAGAAUUUGGACUUGGUUUGGCGGACACCAAAAUCCAUGCUUAACUUGGGGUGUUAAGACAUUGAGCACCCAGAUAAACUAACAUAACAACACAUGAGUAAUUGCUGAACUAGAGAAGUGAAUGAUGUACUGAGAACACGGAAGAGAAAGCAACUCAUUUUGCUUGGAGGAAGGAAUGAAAAGAGUCUUAACAUCCUCUGUCCAGCUAGGUCUCAUUUUUUUCCUUUUUAAUAGCACUUUUGUUUUUCUAUCCUAGAGGUUUUAAACCUUUCAUCUUGAAGCCAUGUUUAAUGAAUUCUUCCUCAUCACCAUUUUCUCAGUUGCCAUUUUCCCUGUAUCAAGUCUUCCUUUGCAAUAACUCCUUUCAGUUCUCAGCAAUGUUACCAUUUGACCUCUUUCUAUAGUCUAAACUGUUAGAGUCUACACACCCCAGUUCAUCUUAGACACCCCAAUCUUUCAAUAGCACAGCUUUGAUCAUAUUCUGCAUCAUUUAUUCAAUAUACAGUGCCAGCUCUGUGUGUGCUGCACACAAGAGUGAGCAAAACUACCAUCCCUACCCUCAUGGAGCUAUGUAAUAUGGUGGAGAAAACAGGCUACGAGGGAGAGGACUCCAAGAGGCCCUUAGAGAAUCUAUGAUAGGGUAAUAGGACCCGAGAAGUGGUUCGGGAGGGUCCGUGAAAGAAGUGGCACUUAAGCUAGGUAAGAGCUGGAAGACAAUAAGAAGCAGAUGGAAAGGAUGUGCUGGCAGAGAGAAUAGCAGGUGCAAAACGUCCAUGGCCAGAGGUGGCAUGGCAACCCUGAGCACAGCGUUACUGAAAUGAAGAUUGGUGGAGACUUUUUAAGGCACUAUACAAAGAAAAGCUUUUCAGCAGGAGGUGUUUGACAUGAUCAGAUUCACAUUUUCGAAAGAUCACUCUGCUCCCAAUUUAAAUGGCUGAGUAAAAGUGGUUAAUAAACAUGAAAAAGUGUUCAACCUCACAGUCAUAAACAAGUUAAACAAUGCUGUAAAUUAUCUUUUAUUAAGUAAAUUGAUUAAAAAAUUUAAUU